AUAUCUAUAAAAUAUUUAACUAACCGCUUGAAAUAAAGAGAAGCUGACAAAUUAAAUAUGGGGGUCGUUCGUGUGAAAUGUGUUUUGUUGGGUGAUUCUACUGUUGGUAAAACUGCGAUCACUCAAGCAUAUCAUAGCGAUGGAACGUCGUUUCCCAAAAGUUAUAUGAUGUCAACCGGAGUCGAUUUGUUGCAAAAGUUUGUUCAGUUGGGAGAAGAUAAUAAGGAUGUUGUGGAUUUAUUCAUGUUUGAUUCUGCGGGUAAAGAAGUGUUCCAUCAACUUAACGAGGCAAGUUGGGACAAAGUCGGGAUGUUUGUUCUCGUCUAUGACAUCACAAACAAAACUUCAUUUAAGAAUUGUCAACAAUGGUUAAAAAAGAUCAAACAAUUUUCCGAACCGGGAAAAUCAAUUCCAGGCGUGGUCAUCGGCAACAAAGGCGACCUAAAAGAUCGACGAGAGGUCGAAGCCAACGAAGGAAACGCGUUCGCCGUCAAACAUGGGUUGGUUUUCUUCGAAUGUUCAGCUAAACAAUACGAAGGAAUCGACGUCGUGUUCAAACAUCUCGCCAACGAAGUUCAUCAACUUUAUCAACAAUCAAGCGAGAACGUGCAACAAAUUGAAUGAUGUUUCGCUUAUUCAGAAAACGAAGAUUUUUGUUGUAAUUUCGAAGAAAAACUUCAAAAAAUUUUCAAACAGUAUUACGAUAAAUUGGAUUACAUUUAUUUUAUCAACACAACAAGCAACAAAUCAAAUGAAUAUUUGGUUUAUUUUUUGAAAACACUUUAUUUUUUUGCAUUUUAAUUAUUACGUAAACAAUACUUCACUUAUUAAUAUCUAUAAACAAACAACUUUGUUUAUUAACAAUGUACAACGAGUUAAACAAUAUUGGUUUAUUUAUAAAAACUUUAUUUUUCUAGUUGCAAUUAUUAAGCAAACAAUGAUUUAUUAUAACG